AAAAUAGAUCCCGUUUUUGGAUGUACCAAGAUCCAUGUCGUGGCAAGAAGACCAAGAGAAAACUGCAGCUGCAACCUAUGCCAGUCAUGCUGUACAAAAGGGAAGAUGUAUUUUAGAAUGGAUGUUAUCAAGAAAUCUGCAAAUGAAAUCGUGAAUAAUUCCACAAAAGAUGGAUGCAAAUAUGAGGAAAUUCCAGAAUUGGAGUCGAGGAAUCAGAGCUAUGAUGGCCUGUGCUUGACUGAUGAUUUCAUGGUUGCAUCCAUUUCUGACUCCACUGAUUUAAAUCACAUUAACAGUUCAGAAGUAGAAGAGGAGAGUGCUCUGUGUUUGAUACAGCGGAAGAGGGAAGGGCUGAAUCAUUUGAGGCUUCCAACAACAAUGGAAAGAAUAGAAAGCAAUUCCUCUCUUUCUGUUGAAACACUUAUCCACUCACCAUCUUUUUUGGAUGACUAUAUAUCUGCCAUAAGACCUUUAUCUGUCAGGAACAAAGGUUUUUCAAAAAGAACAUGUGUUCACACUUGUGCUCAAGAAGGAACAGAGAAAAAACAAGCUGCUUCUGGUAGUAAAGGAACAAGAAAGAAAAGUGUGCAGUCCAGUACUAGAAGACGUUCAACGCGAAACAGCAAGUCUGAAGUCAGCCAACUUCAAAGCUCACCAAAAUCCAGCAAUUCUGAUAAUGAUGCACCUGGUUGUAAUAGCUCUUCCACAAAAACUCUGUCAACUGAACAUCCAAGUAAACCACCUACAAAACGAAGAAAGAGAGCACCUAAAAAAGCUCCUCAAACAAGAAAACGCCUUAGGUCAGCAACACAAACUCCACAAGAAGCUGAUGAAAGUAAAGGUGAUUCCAAUAGUGAAUCAGAACAAGAUGAAAAAAAACUGAAGAUACCAGAUGAUUUGUCUGCCUCAACACAGUUUGAAGUAAUUACGCCUCCUGCAAGCACCACUGAAAAGGUAUACCAACCAGAAGAUCAUUCCUCUGUGUUGUCCCUUAUGGACCAGUCCACAGAAGAACACUCACCUGCUUCAUCACCUAUGCAAAAUAUGGAAAGCUUUGUUAAAGAGACAUCUGCAUCUCCAGAAUUGCAGAAUGAAUAUCUAUUUGACAAAGAGAAUUCACCUCCUUCACCAAUAUUUACAAAUGGUCAGACUACAGCAGAAAAAAGUCAGCCAGAGUCUAUGUUUGGAAGUGAACUUGGCUCUGAUGUGGUAGAAACUACAAAGCACUUAAUCACUGAAGAGGGACAUUCUUUGCAGGCAGAGAAUCUGCAAGUCUCUGAAGGAGAAUGUCAGGGUUCUCCACUCUCUGUGAAGUGCACUGAUGAUGUCUACUCCAACAAGGAAUCUGCAUCGUCUGACUCUGAAAAUGAAAUGGAGGUGCUUGAAAAACACUCUAUUUCCUCAGUACUAUCUGAAGCGGUUCCCCAUCGUAUGGAACAAGACUACUCAGACAUUGGUCAGGCUGGUGUGCAGUCAUCUGAAAGCUUGAAUGAGAGCCAGUCAAGUGGUUCCUCUGAGUCAAAAGCUGAACAUUUGUCCGAUUUAGAAGAUCGGACAGAAUUCUCUGAAGCUGGGGAAUACACAAGUUUGCCUGCUGUAGAUACACAAAAGCAAUCUCACUUGGAACAUUCCUCUAGUUCCUGUGAUUCUUUUAAAGAGAACCCACCUGAAAUUCCAGACCUUCCUAAAGUGCUAACUGUCGAAUUACCUGUGCAAGAUAGUUCUUUUAAAAGCGAUGAAGAAUUGGGUGAUAAACAAGUUAAUGGAGUGGAAAAUGUCUCUCAGGAACCCAAGCUGACAGACUCUAAAACAAGUGUACCUGGUGAAUCCACACACAUGAUCACUACUGACAAUUCUGUAAAUAGAACACACCUGUCUGAACAGUCUACAGCUGAGGAGUUGUGUGAUGUCGGUGAGGCACAAGAUGGACUAUGCAAUGAUGACCUACAACCUUUAGUUGAUAAAACCGAAAACAUCCCUGAGGUUUCUAGUGUUGUGGCCAGUGGCAAAAUGUCUGAUAAUACUAAUAUUGGAAAGGAAUCCGAUUUUAACAAUGAAGAAAAGGUGACUUAUAGUGAGGACAAUAUUGAAUCUGUAGCUAUGGAAUGCGACUCUGUCUGUAGUGAUCGUGAACCUGAACAACCCACAAAAUUGACUGAAACAGUUGUAGCUGAACCUGGUUCUUUGGUUUCAACAAAAACAGAAGAACUUGAAUCCACGGAGAAACAGUCCGUGCCACUUGAAGAGAGACAAAAAAAAGAAUUACGUCCACGAAAAUCUAGGUUCCAUUCUCCAUCAACAACAUGGUCCCCUACUAAAAAUGAAGUUAAAGAGAGGCAAAAAUCACGUUCUCGAUCACGUUCUAAAAAUAGAGACUCUCCUUUGAAACGCAAGUCUAGAUCACGUAGUAGGGAUAGGGAUCAUAGUGAGCAGUGGAAAGGCAGAAGCAGAGACAGACGCCAUAGGAGGCAGUCUAGGUCUAAAAGUCGGUCUCGCUCAAGGUCGGGAUCACGCACUAGAGAUCGGAAUAGAAGUAAUACAGCUGAGAGGAGCGAAAAGGACUCCCCUUGGAGAGAAAGGCGAUCAAACGACAAUUGGAAAAGUCCUAGGGGAACUGACAGAUACAGAAGAAAUGAGAAUGAAAAAACAAACGAACCUUUUAGAAGUGAUAAAUAUGACUCAAGGGAUUCAUCUGAACAAUAUCCAGAUAAUAAAAAUGAUCACCCGGAUUGGGUGUCAGAAAAGAUUCAAUCUUUUGACAGCAGAGGCAGGGGAGAUGGCUGGAUUAGAGGAGAUAGCAGAGGCAGAGGGUGGGGAGACAACAGGGGCAGAGGUAGGGGAGAAAAUAGGGGAAGAGGAGAUCACAGAGGAAGAGGUGAUUUCAGAGGAAGGGGAGACCAUCGAGGUAGGGGGGAUGGUAGAGGGAGAGGAGGAAACAGAGGAAGAGGUUCUCCCAGGGGAUCUCAUUGGGAAGAUAACCAGUGUGAUUCAUGGAACAGAAAUGUGAACAUGGAGUGGAAUUCACCCAGAGGUCGUGGUGGACGUGGCAGAGGCAGUUUCGGAGGUGGAUUUAAUUAUGGAGACCAAAAUGAGAAUUCUUGGAACGAUAGACAGCCCUUCUCAGGAAAUUCUAAUACUUUAGGGCCAGAGCCUACUUGGGUGCAAGAACACAAAAAUUAUAAAGCGAAAUUUGAGGAAACAUUUGAGUCACCUGUUGAUCGAUCUGGGUGGACUUCUGCAUCAAGUUGGGCUGUUAGAAAGACCCUGCCUGCUGAUGUACAAAACUAUUACUCAAAAAGAGGAAGAACCUCCACUGGAUCCCAGCAAGGAUGGACUAAACCAGAAGUAUCUCAGGACCAAGAUCAAACCAUCAAAGACCAACCAAGUCAACAAACUGAAAGUGCUCAGAUGCCAGUUAAUAUGGUGCAGACUCCAAUGAAUGUAGUACCGCCACCGAUGAAUGCACCUCCUCCGCAGCCAGUGAAUAUUUACCCAUAUUCAGUGGCCGUCCCUCCCCCCUUAGUGAGCAUGCAGCACAAUCCAUACAACAUUCAUCCUCAACUCCCCAUCCAUCUCCACCCAGCUUUACCUAUAGUGCAGGUAUCCGCUCCAUCUAGCGUGCCUCAGGGAUUGCCUCCACCCCCGCCACCACCACCACCAUCUCAACAAGUCGGCUAUAUUGCUCCACAACCUGAAGGUGAAAGACUUCCUGCUAAUCCAAGUGUUUCACAUGUGAGUAAUCACUUGGCUGCAGCACCACCUUUGCCUACUCCAGCAGUAGCCCAAGGAGGGGUAGUUGGGACAGCAGUUGCACCAAGUUCUGCUAGUGUGGCUGCAUCAGUUCAUAGCAAAAACCCAUAUGUUUCAGUAAAGCCUGCUCUUUGGAAGGAAACUGUAACAGUGGAAGCCAGUGCAGAUAGCUCCAAGAAGGAAAAGAAAAUUCUAAUUCAGGAGCGAGCAGCACACGAAGUGAAAGUGGCUAUAAAACAAUAUUAUCAAAAUAAAGAUAUCACAAAAGAUGAAUAUAAGGAGAUUGUGAAGAAAGCUGUUGACAAGGUGUGUCACAGUAAAAGUGGAGAAGUUGAUUCAGCUAAAGUGGCAAAUCUUGUGAAGGCUUAUGUGGACAAGUACAAACACUCUCGCAAAAAGGGGCCAGAGGACAGACUUUGAGCUACAGAUCAUCACUGGGGUCAUACAAAGGACUGCGACAGUAAUUGUCAAAGUGCAAUUUCAGUGUCUUGAUAGAAUUGUUCACAACUGUGAUUGAUUGAAAUCGGGUUUUGAUACAAUUAUAAUUUUCAAUGUAUGAUUGAUUACAUUUAGAGGUCCCCUUCUUAUGUUGUUUUCCCCCCAAAGCAUACUUAAUGGAUUUUUGUUUUUACUAGAACAAACAUGGUUAAUAAUGAUGUACAGCAUUUUGACUUAAUCAAUUAUGUGUGUAAUAUUAGAGAUGUCAUUCUCAAUACUUGGCUACCAGCUGGGUGCUGUGUGUACAGUAUAUGGAAUCUGUUAGUUAAAAUUCUUAUCAUGAGAAUCUUUGAUUGUGUUUUUUCUUCUAAUCAUAGUGAGAUGUUUUUUCUUGGCCUGUUUCUAGUCUAACUGGACGCACUGGCCUUUCAAUGUAGCCAUAAAGAUGUAUGUUCCUCGAUAGUCUGUUUAGAAUACCCGUACGCUACUACUGCAACAUUUGUGUCCAACAAAUAUAUAUUUUUCUAAGAUGGACACCAACUAUGGCAACACCAAAUAAAUAUCAUGCUGCUUGUCUGCUUUGUCA